AUGGAGUCUGAUUUUCUAUCGAUUAAAGCAAGGGAAAUAAACAAAAAAAAGUUGAGUCUCUUGUAUUCAUUGAAAAAUCAGAAUAUUGAAUAGAAUGAUUUGAUUGAUGAUAACAUCUACUUCAUUAAAAAACUUACAAGUGAUCAUCCAUUAAAAGAAAUUAUAAAAGAAUGUCAGAAUAACGUAAGAGAGGGAUUCUUAACUCCAUUAACGAAUGUAUUAUUAAAAAAUAUUUCAGAGGUCCUCCAUGUCUAUUGAAUUUACAGCCAACAUGUUUGUUGAAGAAAUAUUAGACAGUGUAAAAUUAAAGCAUAUAAAAAUACUAUAACUGGAAGAACUAAUAAAUAAUUUAAAACAAAACAUAGAAAUGAUUCAAAAAUUAGAAAUUAAAUAGCAAAAGUAAAAUGACAAAGAACUUUACCAAAUCCUUAUGAUUAAUUCUCCUAAUGAUCCUACUUAUCAAUUGUAUUUGAAUGAUCAAAAAUUAUACCCAAAUUAACUACAUUCUUAACCUUUUGAUUUCAAAGAUAAGCUAAAUUUUAUAUUAUUUACAAAUAAUUAAGUGCUCGAAACUAUUUCAUUUGACAUGGUCUAUGUAUAAAAAUAUAGUUAAUCAUUAGUAAAUCGGCAACAAUUGCUUUAAUAUUAAUUAAAACCAAUACAAUCAGAAUAUCCAAUUAAAAUUUCUUGAGGAAUCUAAUGUUCCAAUUAUCUAUGAUUUCUAGUAAUCUAAAAAAUGUAUUAUAGGAUUUAAAUAUUCUUUCAUAUGACAAGUGAAUUGAAAAAAACAAUAAUCAAAUCUUUGAAAGAAGAGAUUUAGGAAUUAGAUUCUAAAAUUUUAGAUAUGAUAGAGAUUAUAAAUAGAAUGUUGGAACCGUUCUCUAAUAAAGGAUUCAAAUAUUUAAGGUAUUAGGGUAUGAUAGAUAAUGAUACCAUCGGCAAAAACAGAAAUCACUGUUGUAUUAUUUUCUGA